AUUUCCUCAUAGAGUCCCAAUUUCAAAAUAUUUGCAGAAAUAUAUAGUUUAUUCCUGUUAUAGCCAUGUUGAGAAUAUUGAUUGGAAGCUUGAGCUUUAUAUGGUUACUCAUGGCCACAUCCACAAUGGCUCAAACCUGGCCUCCUGUGCUUGAUGCAAAUGGCCAACCUCUUAGAAGUUGUGUAGAAUACUACGUCCUUCCAGCUGUAACUGAUGUUGCCGGUGGCUUAACCCUUGUUAAUCUUAACAACGGUUCGAUAUGUCCACUCUUUGUUGGUCAACAGCCUCUUGCACCUGUUGUGUCCCGAGGCACUUCAGUCAUAUUCGCACCACGGGUUGCGGAUACUGUUGUAAGGGAGACAAGGGACUUCACUGUUGCAUUUACUGGUGUAUCAGUUUGUGCUCAGUCUACUGCAUGGAGGGUAGGUGAGCGGAAUCUAGAGACAAGGAGGAGGUAUAUCUUGGCUGAAACGGAUCCUAUUCCAUCUUCUAAUGCUUGGCACUUCAAUAUUGUCAAGAAUGAUCAAGGCCUCUACAAUUUUCAAUGGUGUCCAAAUUGUCUCACCAGAGUUUGUCCCAAGCCUUUGUGUGGGGAUGCUGGUAUUGUGGUUGAGAAUGAAAGGAGAUUGCUGGUCUUGGAUGGUCCCGCCUUUCCUUUUAUAUUCAGAAGGGCUUGAAUAGCUUGUAAUAGCCUC